AUGUCUGCGCGCAGCUGUGAGGAGAUUCUGCGCGUGCGCGGUGGCGGUGUCGGGGGUCCGGGUUUUGAGAGGCCAGACCGUGCUGCAGGGCCUGUGUGCAUGCGCAUUAGUCGCAGUGGGGGCUAGCCGGAGCUGGUGUGUAUGACGCACUUGCGUGGGAGUGUGCGAGCUCGACGUAGCAGCCUGUGUCCCCGUAAUUGUGACACAGAUGUGUGCCUGUGACGCAGUGGUGCUCCAGAGGCCUUGAGGCUGCGGGGCCGGCGCUUGUGAGCAUCUGCGGAUUGGACGUGGCUGGCAGCGUCUCCGGAUUCUGCUCCUGAAGGUCAGCGUUGUUCAGAGCAGGCAGCCCUGCAUAGGAAGCAUCAUCACUGGACGUGUUAAAGACUCAACUGUGACGCAGUGGUGCUCCAGAGGUCUUGAGGCUGCGGGGCCGGCGCUUGUGAGCAUCUGCGGAUUGGACGUGGCUGGCAGCGUCUCCGGAUUCUGCUCCUGAAGGUCAGCGUUGUUCAGAGCAGGCAGCCCUGCAUAGGAAGCAUCAUCACUGGACGUGUUAAAGACUCAAACCCUGCCCCUGCACCUUGGCUCACACUUCCUUCUUUCAGUCAGAGCCAGCAAAGCUCUCUCUGACCUCUUGGAACUUUCCUCUUUGCUGAAGAAACCUCAAGAAGACUGAACAGUUUUUUACUUCUGAAACCAUGGCCCAGGGUAUGGUGACAUUCUCUGAUGUAGCCAUAGACUUCUCUCAGGAGGAAUGGGCCUGCCUGGAUUCUGCUCAGAGGGACCUCUACUGGGAUGUGAUGUUGGAGAACUAUAGUAACUUGGUCUCUCUGGAUUUGGAGUCAGCAACAUAUGAGGCCAAGGGUUUAGCUACAGAAAAGAAUAUUCCUGGAAGAAAUUUUCCCAAAAAGAACUCCGAUGAAAAAAGUAAAUCCCUUGGCCUCAGCCAGAUUCGUAAAGAUACACCAGAAGUACCACAACGUUCUCGAGGGAGAUACAUCAAUCAAAUGAUAAUCACCUAUGAAAAAAGGCCUCCAAAUAGGGAAAGAGAAAGUACACCUCCGAGAUCACAUCAGAGACUUCAGAUUAAGGAGAGUUCCUAUGAAUGUAAGGAAUGUGGGAAGGCCUUUAGUCGUGGCUAUCAACUUAGUCAACAUCAGAAAAUUCAUACUGGUGAGAAACCUUAUGAAUGUAAAGAUUGUAAGAAGGCCUUCCGUUGGGGUAAUCAGCUUACUCAACAUCAGAAAAUUCAUACUGGUGAAAAGCCUUAUGAGUGUAAAGACUGUGGGAAGGCCUUUCGAUGGGGCUCCAGCCUUGUUAUUCAUAGGAGAAUUCAUACUGGUGAGAAGCCCUAUGAAUGUAAAGACUGUGGAAAGGCCUUCAGACGUGGUGAUGAACUCACACAGCAUCAGAGGUUUCAUACUGGUGAGAAAGACUAUGAAUGUAAAGACUGUGGGAAAACCUUUAGUCGUGUGUAUAAACUCAUUCAGCAUAAGAGGAUUCAUAGUGGAGAGAAACCUUAUGAAUGUAAAGACUGUGGGAAGGCCUUUAUUUGUGGUUCGAGCCUCAUUCAGCAUAAGCGAAUUCACACAGGUGAGAAACCCUAUGAAUGUCAGGAAUGUGGGAAGGCCUUCACUAGGGUCAAUUAUCUUACUCAACAUCAGAAAAUUCAUACUGGUGAGAAACCUCAUGAAUGUAAGGAAUGUGGGAAGGCCUUUCGUUGGGGUUCGAGUCUGGUUAAGCAUGAGAGAAUUCAUACAGGUGAGAAGCCGUAUAAAUGUACAGAAUGUGGGAAGGCCUUUAAUUGUGGCUAUCACCUUACUCAGCAUGAGAGAAUUCACACCGGUGAAACCCCUUAUAAAUGUAAGGAAUGUGGGAAGGCCUUUAUUUAUGGGUCAAGCCUUGUUAAACAUGAGAGAAUUCAUACAGGGGAGAAACCCUAUGGAUGCAAAGAAUGUGGGAAGUCGUUUAGUCAUGGCCAUCAACUUACACAGCAUCAGAAAACCCACUCAAAAUCCUAUGACUGCAAGGAAUGUGGAAAGGUAUAUAAUAAUAUAAACCAUCUUAGAGAACAUCUGAGGGCUCAUAACAGUUGAAAAACCUUUGAAUACAGUAGUCCCCUCUUACUGGUGGUUUUGCUUUCCACAGUUUAAGUUACCUGUGGUCAACCUGGGUUUGGAAAUAUUAAAUGGAAAACUCCAUAAAUAAACAAUCUGUAAGUUUUAAAUCACACACCCUUCUGAGUAGUGUGAUAAAAUCUCAUGCCAUCCUGCUGCAGUCAGCUGGGACGUGAAUCAUCCCUUGGCCUGGCACAUCAUCCCUUGGCCAGGCACAACCAUGCUGUACACUACCUGUCCAGCUGAUCACUUAGUAGCUGCCUUGGUUAUCAAAUUGUCGUGGUGUCACAGUGCUUGUGUUCAAGUAACCCUGACUUUACUCGAUAAUAACCCCAAAGCUCAAGAGUUGUGAUGCUGGCAAAUGAAGUAUGCCAAAGAGAAGCCAUAAAGUGCUUCCUUUUAAAUGAAAAGGUAAAAGUUCUCAGCUUAAUAAAGGAAAAAAAUCAUAUCCUGAGGUUGCUAAGAUCUACAUUAUAAUAUAUUUUGAGAGAGAGACAGACUAUGUUCACAUGAUUUUAUUACACUAUUGUUAUAAUUGUUCUAUUUUAUUAGUUAUUGUUGUAAUCUCUGUGCCUAAUUUAUAAAUUAAACUUUGUAUAUGUAUGUACAGGAAGAAACAUAGAUACUUAGUAUAUAUGUGCCAGAAAAACAAUAGUACUAUUUACUGUUUCAGGCAUCCACCAGGAGUCUUAGAAUCUAUCCCCCUCAGGUAAAAGGGGGCGGCAGUACAAAGGAUGUAAAGCCUCUAAACUACAUUCAUUCCUUCCUCGACAUGAGGAAAAUCUGUGAUACAGUUUAACAUCAGAAAGCCUUUGCUGGUCAUUCUUCUGCUUGUAGAAUAUCAGCACUCAUACUUUAGGCAAAUUUGUAGAGUGGAAAAAUCACUUUUUCUUAAUUAAUCAACAUUGUCAGUGUAGAUGUUUUAACUGCGUAAAUUAGUAUAAAAAAUGCAUAGAAGCCUACCAAGACCAUUCCAUUUCACAUUUAUUCUAGGGAAUAACCCUGCUCUAACAUCAGUGUGGCCUUUAGUCCUAGCACCUUCUCUACCAAUUGCCAUCACCUUCCCACCUCUUUCCUCCUCGGGAGACACUGGGCAGCCUGCUCACUAUUACCUCUGUGUGUUACUUGUCAGAUGCACAUUAUGUGCAGUAUUUGUAAAUAGGGAUAAUCACAUCUACUGAAGACUGCUAUUGUGGAAAUUAAAUGUUUGGUACAUGUAAAGUCCUUGACAGUGUAACUGGAAUAUUGUGUAAUCUUAGUAAAUACUAUUGUUCUUAUGAUCAUUACCAUUAGUGUUGCCACUGGUAAAUUGUUACAAGAAAAACAGCUGUGGAUACAAUGAGUCUGGGAAAAAUUAUCAAAAUUCUAGAAGAAAACAUAGGAGAUUAUUGUCACAGCCUGAGGUUAGACAAUGAUUUCUUAGUACAUGAAAGACGCUAAACAUAAAAGGUGAAGUUAGGCUUCACAAAAAGUGCAAUUUAUUCAUCAAAUGAUGCCAUUAAGGUAGGGAAAAGACAAGAUGCAGACUGCAGGAAAAUAAUAUAGACCUAAUGAAGGAACUCACAUAGAAAAUGUGAAGAAUUUAAGUUAAUAAAAGAUCAAAUCGGGCGGCGCCUGUGGCUCAGCGGGUAGGGCACCCGCCCCAUAUGCCAAGGGUGGUGGGUUCAAACCCGGCCCCGGCCAAACUGCAACAACAACAAAAAAAAUAGCCGGGCUUCGUGGCAGGCGCCUGUAGUCCCAGCUACUCGGGACGCUGAGGCAAGAGAAUCGCCUAAGCCCAGGAGUUGGAGGUUGCUGUGAGCUGUGUGACGCCAUGGCACUCUACCAAGGGCAAUAAAGUGAGACUCUGUCUCUACCAAAAAAAAAAAAAAAAAGAUCAAAUCUAUUUUUUUGGGGGGGGGGCAAGAGUCUCAAGUUGUUGCCCUUGAUAGAGUGCUAUGUCGUCACAGCUCACAGCAACCUCAAAUUCUUGGGCUUAAGCAGUUCUCUUGCCUCAGCCUCCCAAGUAGCUGGGAGCCCACCACAACGCCCAGCUAUUUUUUGGUUUAGUUGUUUGGCAGGCCUGGGCUGGAUUUGAAUCUGCCAGCUCUGUUGUAUGUGUCUGGCACCCUAGCCGUUGAGCUACAGGCACUGAGCCAAGAUCAAAUCUAUUAAUGGGAAAACUUGAGCACAUCGAAAGAAAAGAUCAUCAAAUAGCCAAGUAAGUGAAAAUGUAUUGGACACCAUAACUCAUCAAGGAAAUUGAGAGUGAAACCACAAUGUGCCGUCAUCACUGGACAGUUACCAGAAUGGCUAAAAUGAAAAUCACAUAGUAUGAAGGCUCAAAGGAGUAGGGCGCUGGGCUUAUAUGCUGGAGGUGGCAGGUUCAAACCCAGCCCUGCCAAAAAACUGCAAAAAAAAGAAAAUCACAAAGUAAAUUUCAGAUGUCUCACCACAAUAAAGCAAGGUGAUAUGUUAGCUGAUUUUAAUCAUUCCACACUGUAUACAUAAAACUUCAAAUUGUGUAAAACAUCUGUAGGUGUAAUCCAAUUGUCAAUUUAUUUAAAAAUAUUAAUAAAGAGUAAAAUCACAUUA